AUGACGAUGCAUCAAAACCCAAGAAGUCUUGAAAUGACCACCUCGACCGUUCCAAAAUUUCCAACAAUUCGAAAUAAAUCAAAAGAAAAGGACUAUCGGAAGCCUCCUAAAAUAGAAGUUGCAAUGAAUAAAAGAUUUUUAUACAAACCUUAUACUAUGAUGAAUGGCGACGACCUACCGGAACUGAAGCGCUUGGAACAUACUGAGCUCGCAGAUAAAACACGAUCCAGAAAUAAAAUGGAGAAAGAUCGUUGUUGGCGCGAUAUCAACUUAAGUUUUAGAGAUCACCAAUAUGCUCUGGCUGGUUUAAGACAAGAACAGUCGCUCGUGUACCAAUUUAUGUGCAAAGUACAGAAGGACAAACGCCGAAUUCAGAGACAAGUUCAUAAAAGACGUGAAUUAGAAUUUCAGGGUAAGAUGCGAUGGGAGAGAAUAAAGGACAUGUGUCGUUAUGUUGUGUUUAAGUUUAGAGAGAAUGCACAAAAGAAAAAACAAGCGCGUUUAUCAUUUGUAGACUUGAAAUCUAAGAAACAAAUUCCUCAACAAAGGAAGGUUAUUGAUAAUCAUUCGGAAGGGAAUACUUCGACUGUAAUGCCUCGAACUGUGUACAACGAAUUAGCUAAACGAUCACAAUUGGAAAUGAUUCCUGAUGCUGAUGGCCACGAAGAACAGCCUAUAAAUCGUUAUAGCGAGAAGUCUGUUACAAAGAUUGAAGAUCCAGAAGAGACAAAAGGUUCAAAUCCAGUAAAAAAUGAUCCUGGCAGCAAUUUGAUUGAUGCUACCAUGAUAUACACCAAAUCAAAAACCGAGUCAGAUAUUUUACCAGCCAAAAUCGUUUCUACAACUGUUCGUUCAGGAGCGUUUGAAACGUUUAGAAACGGAGACACGGCCAAAGAAGGUGUAAAUGACGAGGUAGAUGUCAAACCGGAAGUGAGUGGAAUACAAUUCAAAUCCCGCGUUAAGGCAAAGGUUGUACAAGUUCGAAAAGAUAAAUCCAAACAACCAUUAACAAAGGAUAUUCUUGAAACAGAUUUGGACGGAAACAAUCAAACUAAAAAGAAGUCACCGGAAGAAAACAAAUCAUGUUCAUCAAACGAAUCACUAAAUCUACCUAAAAUCCACGACAAUUCAACUAUUAGCCAACCUUUAUCAUUUCCACCAAAUAACCCUGUUACUCCACAUAAGACCAGACGUACUGGAAUUGUAAAGGCACCGGAAGUAAUGUCCACAGACAAUUGCUCAGACCAUCCCGCUAAACCAGAAAGUACAGUUUCUGUGUGUUAUUUAAACGAACCAGAGUCUGAAAAGGACGAAAUGUGUAACGAAGCAAACCGGAAGCACAAGGCCGAAAGAGAGAGCCUCGCUAUGAUUUUGAAGAAACGUAAAAAGGCACGAGCUAAAAAGGAUUUGGAAAAUUUAAACAGGGAAUCUUUUGUGAAAUAUGAACGAACUAAAAGUGGUUUAUUGAAAGCAUUUCCUGGAAAACGUGAAGAUUUCUUACCCCCUUCUAAUAAACACCUACACAAUAGACAGAAAUUGUUAAAACAAGAACAUGAUGCGAUUCUACGUCAAAGAUUGAAAUUACACAAAUUCUAUAAUAGUGUAAUUGAGCUAAGAGACCGAGUUGCUGUUCACGAAUCCCCACCAGAUGAACCGAAAGUCGUUCAAGAUAAAGAGUUACCAAUAUUAGAAGAUACUCUAUCUCAGAUGACAAAUAGCAUCUUUAACAGUGUACCGACUGAGCAACCCGAGAUACAGGAUGGUGACUCUACUCGUUAUGUCAGAGUUUAUGAGAAAGACACCAAAGAACAAGAGCAGAGUUAUAGAAAUAACAGUCGACGUAUGUCUAGCUGGAAUAUGUAG